GGAAGGAAAGUUGUGCGGGGCUGGAGACAGCCCAAAAGAGUCGCUAGCCGAAAGGCGCACUGGCCAAGCCUUAGUCAAACCUCCUGUUCCGGUAUGCACGGGCGCUGAGUGGGUAUCUGCGAGGCAGCGGCGGUACCUCGGCGGCGUCAACAGUCCGGGCUUUCCCCUGUCCUGGGAGCAAGCAGCAAACGCAGCGAAUGAAGGUCUCCGCGGGUGGGCGGGAGACAACAGCCACCCGCCGAGCCGAGCCGCGCCGCCUCUCCUGCUUACCCCGAGCCCCCAAGCGCGCUGUGCCGCUUACCCCCGGCUCUUGCCCACCGCGGAGCCAGGGCAGCGGCUGGCCCAGACUCUCUGCAGCGGCGCGGGACGACCCUCUCGGGGGUUAAACCCCUGCGGGCCUCAGGUCGGCGUAGCCGGCGGCUUGCGCGGCACCGCCCCGCUGCCCCAGCGCCCCGCCUCUCCGGGCUCGGCCGGAGUCUCCGCGGCCACCGGCACCCCCGCCAAGAUGUCUGCACUGCGGGCAACCCGGCAGAUACUUCAGACCAUUGCAGGGCAUGGAUGGAGGUCACAUUCUAGCAAACCUGCUCAAAGCGCACAUAUAGGCAAACCUGGAGCUGGCUUUAGCUUCGAACUUACUGAUGAACAGAAAGAGUUCCAAGCUACUGCUCGUAAAUUUGCUCUGGAGGAAAUUAUUCCAGUUGCUGCACAAUAUGACAGAACUGGAGAGUAUCCUCUUCCACUUAUAAAACGGGCUUGGGAACUUGGUCUUAUAAAUUCACACAUACCAGAAAGCUGUGGUGGUCUUGGCCUUGGCAGUUUUGAAGCAUGCCUUAUUACAGAAGAGUUAGCUUAUGGAUGUACAGGGGUUCAGACUGCCAUUGAAGCAAAUUCCCUAGGGCAAAUGCCAGUAAUCAUUGCAGGAAAUGAGCAGCAGCAGAAAAAGUACUUAGGAAGAAUGACAGAGGAGCCAAUGAUGUGUGCUUACUGUGUAACAGAGCCUGGAGCAGGCUCUGAUGUGGCUGGUAUAAAAACAAAAGCUGAGAAGAAAGGAGAUGAAUAUGUUAUUAAUGGUCAGAAGAUGUGGAUCACAAAUGGUGGGAAAGCAAACUGGUAUUUUUUGCUAGCACGUACCAAUCCAGAUCCAAAAGUUCCUGCAAGCAAAGCCUUUACUGGAUUCAUUGUGGAAGCAGAUAGCCCUGGAAUCCAAGUUGGAAGAAAGGAAAUUAAUAUGGGUCAACGCUGCUCUGAUACAAGAGGUAUUGUCUUUGAAGAUGUGAGAGUCCCAAAAGAAAAUGUACUAAUAGCUGAAGGAGCUGGUUUUAAAAUAGCAAUGGGAGCUUUUGAUAAGACCAGACCACCUGUAGCAGCUGGUGCUGUUGGAUUAGCAAAAAGAGCACUUGAUGAAGCUACUAAAUACGCUUUGGAGAGAAAAACGUUUGGGAAACCAAUUGUUGAACACCAAGCAGUGUCUUUCUUGCUUGCUGAAAUGGCAAUGAAAGUGGAACUGGCUAGGAUGGCUUACCAGAGAGCUGCUUGGGAAGUUGACAUUGGUCGCAGGAAUACCUACUAUGCUUCCAUUGCAAAGGCAUUUGCUGGUGACAUUGCAAACCAAGUAGCUACAGACGCAGUACAAAUUUUUGGAGGAAAUGGAUUUAAUACUGAAUAUCCUGUAGAAAAACUGAUGAGAGAUGCUAAAAUCUACCAGAUUUAUGAGGGAACUGCUCAGAUUCAAAGGAUGAUCAUAGCUCGUGAGCAUGUUGGCAAAUUUAAGGCUUAAAGAAACAUAUAAAGUGUGUCUGGUGCCACUGCAGUGUUCUGUGUUCUCAUGGAAGAGGAUUUUAGUGCAUUUCUCAAUAGAAUUAAAGAGGCCUGGAGAAAAAGAAAACAACACACUUGCCUUCAAAAUCUUUUUAUUCUGUGUUAUUAAGCAGUACUUAUGUUCUCUCUGUCCAAUCCUUCACUCCACUCCUGACUAGCAAAGCUGAUGUUUUCUAAACAUUCUGAAUUCCAAAGUGAUCGGUUGUUGAAAUACCAAAUGGGCAAGGAAUGAGAACCUCACAAUACUUCCUUGCUGUAAAAUUACAUGAUCAGAAUGUUACUUCUGACAGUCAUUGCUGCAUUCUAAUAAAUAUUUUUUUAAGAGUA